CCCGCUGGCGGGGGCGGGGCUUCUGCGCUUCCGCUUGGAGCAGCUCCGGGGCCGCGGCUGAGCUGGCGGGAUGCGGCCGGGGGCGCCCGCGGGCAGCGGGUGGGCGGUGCGGGCGGCGCAGACCGGGCUCAGCUGGGGCGUCACCGUGGGGCUCUUUCUGCACAACACAGAUCUCCGGAGGCAGCUUGAGCGGGGAGAACUGCUUCAGCCUCUUUUGUUCACCUUGCUGGUUCUCUGUUCCGUCGUCCUGUAUUUUGUUGUGUCGCUCAUGAACCCAGGCUACGUGGAGCAGAGUGAGGACGAGAAGGACUCAAUGACCGGAGAAGAGAAAGCCAAAACAUUCUCUCAGGAUCACAGCGUCCGUCUGAGGCGGUGUGGAUACUGCAUGGUGAAGCAACCUUUGCGAGCCAAGCACUGCCAGGCCUGCCAGCAGUGCGUCCGUCGCUACGACCAUCACUGUCCUUGGAUUGAAAACUGCAUCGGGGAGAGGAAUCACCCACUUUUCAUACUCUAUUUGGGGGUGCAGCUCGCCGUCCUGCUCUGGGCUCUGCAGUUGGCUUGGUCCGGCCUGAAUUUCCAGCCGUUCUCCUGGGUCUGGUUUCAGUGCCACCUGCUCCUCCUCCUCUCCUUCCUGCUCCUCCUCGUCUGCACGGUGGUUGCGACGCUGCUGCUGGGCUCCCAUCUCUACCUCAUCUCCUGCAACACCACCACCUGGGAGUUCAUCUCCCGCCAUCGCAUCUCCUACCUGAAACACUGCAAGGUGGAGAAUCCCUUUGACCAGGGGGUCCUCCUCAACCUCUGGAGGUUCUUCUGCGCGUGUCGCCUGGUGGCCUGGGAGAAACUCUACCCUCCAGAGGAGAGCGAGUUGGUGUGAACGCAGGAGGAUCUUGAGAGAUGAAUCGGACCAUCCUAAGGGCCUUAAGCCUCAACAGAAGCUUUGGAGAGGACGCCGAAGCACCAGAUCAUCGUCCUGACUAGGAGAAGGACCUAUUUACAGAAGCAUCACCUCUUCUAACCAAAGGCUAAAAUCUGACAGGAUGUUGGGGAUGAGGCAGUGGGGGGGGGGCUAACCCUAAAACUGGAGAUCCACCAUUGAGAUUUGGAGAUAUAGAGAUCUGGGCAGUUGUUACAAAGAAGAACCGAAGGAGAAUCCUACAGCGUCAAGGCAGGAAGCAGGAAACACAGGCAGCCAAACAUGAAAAGGUCCAGAAUCCCCGGCUUGAAAUACAAGUCGUGAUUUCGGCCGGAUGUUCGUAUCGAACUGAGGCUGGGGAGACGGGCGCUCCCUGGAAGCUGAGCGGUUUUGCAAAGAACAAGGCAGCUUCACCUGGUGCCGUGGGGUUUAAGAGCUUAAAGAAAAAAGGUUUUAAUCCAACACUAACGUUAAUAAAAGACCAAAGCUUGCA